ACAAGGCCUUGUUAAUGGGUUAGGCAUUUUCAUCCUUUUGUUUUGAAUCCAGUGUUACGUUUGAUGGUGUAACCUUAGUGAAUAUACGGCAAAUGAUAAUCACGGUUUUCUAUUAAUCAGAUUUAAGUCUAAUACCACAUGUGUCUAGUUUGAUUAAAGAUACUUAUUUAGAAAUAAAUGUGCACUUGACAAUGGGAUAUUUUAAGAAGUCUAUUAUUUUAAUUAUUUUGAAGACGUUCAUAACUGCUAGAAUUUCAGAAAAUGAUCCUGUGAAAUUCAAGAUCUUUGUGGUUUAAAAUGCAUGGUUGGUGUGCCAGGGAGGGUGUGAUUGGUGGCUGUGAUGCACAUCAAGAAAGACUGGCUUCUGGUGCAAUUGUAGAGCUUUAGGUGCAGUAUUGAAGUGUUCCUCCUAACAGGACUUAAUACUGAACUUGUCUUUUCCUCUGUUUAAGCUUCAUUUUCUGUUAUUUCUUACUUGUCUAUAGUAAGUUUUCAAUCUAUUACUGUGAAUAACUUUUUUGAGAAGUUGACAGCUUGAAUUUCAUGAGUACUGAUAGAAGACAUAAUAAAUAUUAUUUUUCUUAAUUUAUUCGUUCUCCUUUCUAAGGUUGGUUUGAUUUAUCAGUCGUGUUUCACUAGAUACCAUAACACAAAUCAUGCAAAGCAAAAGAAUGUAUUGAGGAAGUUUCCCUGCCCAAAAUGUCAAGUCUGUAUAAAGUUACGGGGUUUUUUUCCUGAAUGUGAAUGUAUAAUACUUUUAUCUUUUAAUAAAGUUUCAGAGACUUAUUUUCUUACAAAACGUGUUAUUAGGCAUUCUUGAGUGGCAUCUCUUAUUAUAUGUAUGUGUUUAAAAGCUGUCUCUGUUAAAAUUUUUUGCCUUUAUUAAUGCUGUAGCAUUAAAGCCCUGGAGUGCAGCAGAAUGUGUGGGACUGUGCUAGGCUUGAGAGUGUUUGGUCUGUACUGCUGCUGUCCUUGCGUUCUCUGUGUGUCAGUUCUGUUAGUCUGCAUUUCACACUAUAAAAGUGGCUUUGUCUGAGGAAAUAAACCUAUUCCAGGUUCUGUGUAAAUCAGUUACCCUGACUUGACCAGCAAGCAGUCCUGUUAGUGCAAAUGCAUAUGGAUAAAACAACAGGGAAGAGUAGGACAAAGAUCCUACAUUGUCUCCAAAUGCUUUCUACCACAGAAAUGUAUUCUAAACAUGACUGGGACAGAAAAUGUGCAAUUGAGUAUUGGAUUGCUGCUGUGUCCUGUGAAUAUGUUGUACUUUUUAUAUUGAUAAAAUCCAGAUAUCUUGUAUUUAAACGAAUUGAUUUUUGGAGCAUUAGCAUAAUAUGCUUGUUGGAUGCUUCUUCUGUAGCUUAGAUCCAGCAAACAAUAUUCCUUCCUGUAGUGAAGUAUGUAUGUAGGUAGGUAUUUCCAGAGCUUGUACAUCCAUGUGAAAUAGUAAAGUGCUAGUUUCAUUGCUUUGUUCUCAAGAAAAAAUUCUGUGGCAGAUAAAAGAAAUUUUUAAAAGAAAUCUCUUUGCAUGUUUUGAAAUUUUGCUGACUUGGACCCUAAUACACUGUGUUACUUACAAAAUAGUACAUGUACAGAAUAUUAUAAAAGAUAUUUCUGACCUGGGGCUAGGAUUGCUGCAUUAUUAAUGAGUAAAGAAGUUAUGGGUGACUUAUGUAAGACAUCCUAUUAAAUGUCUAAAAGAACCUUGUAUAAUACCAUCAAGUAUUGCAUGCUAGCUGUAUUCCUUAAGCACAUUUCCUGUGAAAGUGUUUUAAGGUGGAAAACUUACUGGAUUGAAUGGAUGGAUUCCUAAUGAACGGAUUCAUACUGCUGAGGUUGCUUGAUACCAUGAAUCCACUUGUAUAAGACUUGAAUAAAGAAAAUAACAUUUUUGCUUUGCUUUUGCUAAAGACCACUUGAUACAUGCAGUUUCUUGUGACCAAGGAUAGGAUGUUAAUGCUAAAUCUCUUUUUCCUGGGCUUCCAUGUGUAAGAAGGAAAGUGACACAUUGAUGUUGAGGGCUGAACAUUCUGAAAUAGCAGGAAGAAGAAAAGUGUCACUUUUGAAAGAUAACCUUUCACCAUGGGAAGAAUGGUUCAUUAGCAAAGAGAAGGAGUUGCGUGCCCGCUUACAAGCUAGAGCUGCAGAGGAAAGGAAUAAACAGCUUGAGAAAAUGAAGGAAAAUCAAGAAUAUGAAAGAAGAAAAAGGAUAGCUGAAGAGAAACACAAGGAAUGGGUCCAAAAAAAAAGAGAAGAGGAAAGAAGAGAAAGGAAACGAAAGGUGAGCAAAGAAAUAGCGGAAAAAGCUACAAGGGAACUAGAAAAAAUGCAAUUACAAGAAAAGGCUGACAUAAAGUAUAAAGAAUGGUUAAAGAAGAAGAGAACUGAAGAGGCAGAAAAGAAGAAAAAAGAGAAGGAAAAAGAAAAAGAACGGGAGGCUGAGCUACAGGAAAAGAGAACAAGAUCAGAGAAAAUCUUUAAGGAAUGGCUGCAAAAUGCUAGAAAUAAACCACAACCUGCUUUAAAUGGUUAUGGUUUCCCACAUGGGAAGUCUACAGGGAGUGCUGAUAGAAAUUUGUAUCCAGCCCCAGCAUAUUGUAACCCCAUUCCUUGGAAACCGGUACAUGUGCCUCCCCCACAGGAUGACAGUGUUCUUACCAUGAAGAAGAGUCGGCCACAUGCAUCUUUACCAAUGGUGAUUUCUAAGCCCAAGAAUAACCCUUGUGUUGGAUCUCUGUGCGGAAAGAAGUUGUAGUCCAGAAAAAAUGUUCUUACAAUCUUCAGCAAACUAGGUCAUAAAUGUGAAGUUCUGUGUAGUUAUAGGUCCAAAGCAAAUUGCUUUGUGCCUUUCUUUUUUUUUUUUUUUCAUUUUUGUGAGCAGGUUUUGUGUUUGCUGCUAGUUGACCAAUCAGAUUUUUUAUGUUUUUUCUAUAUUGCAUUUUAGUGAAAAAAAAAGGAAAAAAUAAAUUGUAAUGGGACUGUACCUCAAUACCAAUAAAAUGCACAAGAUUGUUUCUUCC